AUGACGACAAGUAUCACUGACGCCCGGUUCACGCACCUCCACGCCACACCCGAAUACAUCCUCGCCCUCCUAAUGGACGAGAAGCCCGACGCGCAAUGGGCCCACGUCAUGCCCGGUUUCGACGAGAACCUGGACAUCCCCUCAUCACUCGAGCCACCACGUUUCGACGCCGACGAGGUCCUCCCUUCUCAGUUGCACCCGAGUUAUCCAUUUGGCCGCGCGUCCAGUGGUAAGAAGGCUGCUGGGGGGAAUUUGCGCUCCAUCGCGGGCAACAUGAUGCCCCAGCAGGACGGGGAUAAGUGGACCGAGCUCAACCUCUCGGCCCUGGUGGAACGGCCAGACGGGCGCGAGGUGCCCCCUGUGAUGGCUGGCUCGAAGCGUCCACCAUCACCCACCUCGCCCUCGCUCCGCCCCAAAAUGGUGCCAUUGCCUCGCAGCGAGCACCUUCGCCGCCACUUAGAGCGGCAGAGGCAGGAGACACCGCCGGCGCCCGCAGACCCGUUCGACGCACCCGUCCCAAACGAGACAUACGCCGAAGACGAUUCCGAGAACCAAAUCCACAUGCAGGACGACACACCCGAGUAG